ACAUACCGCGAAGUAUGUUUGCUAAAGCACAUGAAACACAAAAAUGUCAUCGAUCUGGUCGAUAUAUUUACAACAGCAAUAUGUAAAAACGAUCUGGAUAAUCUCUACCUUGUUUCCACAUUCUAUCCGAGAGAUUUGAAAAUGAUGUUGGAAAGCGAGGAGAUGGGGUUACCCCUCAUCAGGUCCUUGGUCUACCAAAUAUUCUGCGGACUUUAUUAUAUUCAUUCAGCUGGGGUCAUCCACCGUGACUUAAAACCCAGCAACAUCGGUGUUACUGCUGAUAAUUGCAUCAAAAUUAUGGAUUUUGGCCUGGCCCGACAGGUCAGUCUUAAAAUGACGGGUUAUGUGCAAACCCGAUGGUACCGAGCACCAGAAAUAAUCCUGAACUGGGAAAAAUACAAUCAAACAGCAGAUGUGUGGUCUGUGGGUUGUAUCCUGGGUGAAAUGUUAACAAAACGAGCUGUGAUACGAGGGCAAAAUUUCAACGAUCAGGUAAAGCAGAUAUUAUGUCUAGUCGGAACACCGGAUUAUGAAAUGCUAAAGAAAUUUACUUGUGAAGAAGCUGUUGCUAUGAUAAAACAAUAUGGUACUUUUGUAAAACAGGAUUUUUCAACUUUUUUUAAUACCACAGAUGAAGAGACACUUAAUCUUUUGGAUCAGAUAUUUAAUUUAGAUGUAGAUAACCGAAUCUCUGUGGAUGAGGCAAUG